CUCUGAGCGUGCGGGCUGUGCCGGGUGUGGGAGCCAGGAGCAGAGCCGCGAAGACGUCAGGAAGGCCAUCGCUGGAAAGCCUGGUCGGGCCCGAGGGAAGAUGUGGCUACUGUUGACCCUGCUGGGGGUCCUGCUGGGGGCACCCAGAGCCCCAGCCUUGUCCCUGGGGGCCUCUGAAGAAAUGGAGCUGGAACCCUGCCUGGACCCCAGCCCGGAGCAGCAGGAGCAGAAGCUGACCAUGACCCUGGGGCAGCCUGUGCGGCUCUGCUGCAGGCGGGCUGAGCGUGGCGGCCACUGGUACAAGGAGGGCAGCCGCCUUGCACCCGUGGGCCGCGUCCGAGGCUGGAGAGGCCACUUGGAGAUUGCCAGCUUCCUGCCCGAGGAUGCUGGCCGCUACCUCUGCCUGGCACGAGGCUCCAUGCUUGUCCUGCACAAUCUCACCUUGGCUGUGGCAGACUCCAGCAGUGAUGACGAAGACCCCCAGGCCCACAGGAGCCCCUCAAAUGGGCAUGUGUACCCCCAGCAAGCGCCCUACUGGACACACCCCCAGCGCAUGGAGAAGAAGCUACAUGCAGUACCUGCCGGAAACACGGUCAAGUUCCGCUGUCCGGCUGCUGGUAACCCUACGCCCACCAUCCGCUGGCUCAAAGAUGGCCAAGACUUCCAGGGGGAGCACCGCAUUGGAGGCAUCCGGUUGCGCCAUCAACACUGGAGCCUGGUGAUGGAGAGCGUGGUGCCCUCGGACCGGGGCACCUACACCUGCCUGGUGGAGAACUCUGUGGGCAGCCUGCGCUACAGCUACCUGCUGGAUGUGCUGGAGCGGUCCCCGCACCGGCCCAUCCUGCAGGCGGGGCUCCCAGCCAACACGACGGCGGUGGCGGGCAGCGAUGUGGAGCUGCUGUGCAAGGUGUACAGCGACGCCCAGCCCCACAUCCAGUGGCUGAAGCACAUUGUCGUCAACGGCAGCAGCUUUGGGGCCGACGGUUUCCCCUACGUGCAAGUCCUGAAGACAGCAGACAUCAAUAGCUCAGAGGUGGAAGUCCUGUACCUGCGGAACGUGUCAUCCGAGGACGCGGGCGAGUACACCUGCCUGGCUGGCAACUCCAUUGGCCUCUCCUACCAGUCGGCCUGGCUCACAGUGCUGCCAGAGGAGGACCCCACAUGGACGGCGGUGGUGCCCGAAGCCAGGUACACGGACAUCAUCUUGUACGUGUCCGGCUCACUGGCGUUGGCCGUCAUCCUGCUGCUGGCCGGGCUGUACCGUGGGCAGGCGCUCCAUGGCCGGCACCCUCGCCAGCCGGCCACUGUGCAAAAGCUGUCCCGCUUCCCGUUGGCCCGUCAGUUCUCCCUGGAGUCGGGCUCCUCGGGCAAGUCCAGCUCGUCCCUGGUGCGGGGCGUCCGGCUCUCCUCCAGCGGGCCUCCCCUGCUUGCUGGCCUUGUGAGUCUAGACCUACCUCUAGACCCACUGUGGGAGUUCCCCCGGGACAGCCUGGUGCUCGGGAAGCCCCUGGGUGAGGGCUGCUUCGGGCAGGUGGUACGGGCGGAAGCCUUCGGCAUGGACCCCUCCCGGCCAGAGCAGGCCAGCACUGUGGCCGUCAAGAUGCUCAAGGACAACGCCUCCGACAAGGACCUGGCCGACCUGGUGUCUGAGAUGGAGGUGAUGAAGCUCAUCGGCCGACACAGGAACAUCAUCAACCUGCUGGGCGUGUGUACCCAGGAAGGGCCCCUGUACGUGAUCGUGGAGUGUGCCGCCAAGGGCAACCUGCGCGAGUUCCUGCGGGCCCGCCGGCCCCCCGGCCCCGACCUCAGCCCCGAUGGGCCCCGGAGCAGCGAGGGACCCCUUUCCUUCCCUGCCCUGGUCUCUUGUGCCUAUCAGGUGGCCCGCGGCAUGCAGUACCUGGAGUCGAGGAAGUGCAUCCAUCGGGACCUGGCUGCCCGCAACGUGCUGGUGACCGAGGACAACGUAAUGAAGAUCGCUGACUUUGGGCUGGCCCGCGGUGUCCACCACAUCGACUAUUACAAGAAAACCAGCAAUGGUCGCCUGCCCGUCAAAUGGAUGGCACCUGAGGCCUUGUUUGACCGAGUCUACACCCACCAGAGCGAUGUGUGGUCGUUUGGGAUCCUGCUGUGGGAGAUCUUCACGCUCGGGGGCUCCCCCUACCCCGGCAUCCCCGUGGAGGAGCUGUUCUCACUGCUACGGGAGGGCCACCGCAUGGACCGGCCCCCGCAAUGCCCGCCAGAGCUGUAUGGGCUGAUGCGUGAGUGCUGGCAUGCAGCCCCCUCCCAGAGGCCCACCUUCAAGCAGCUGGUGGAGGCCCUGGACAAGGUGCUGCUGGCCGUUUCCGAGGAGUACCUUGACCUCCGCCUGACCUUUGGGCCUUACUCUCCCUCUGGAGGGGACACCAGCAGUACCUGCUCCUCCAACGACUCUGUCUUCAGCCAUGACCCCCUGCUGCUGGGGUCCAGCGCCUUCGCCUUCCCCUUCCCUGGCGUGCAGACGUGAGCAGGGUGCAAGGCUAUUCAGGCAGGUUGGUGGCAGCCCGAAGCCCCCAGAUCAAUCAUACUUGGUGCAGUCCUUCACCUGGGCAGGCCCUGACCACCAGUACCGCCCCAGGUCGCUGGCCUGCAUUGGGAAGGUCUGGCCAUGGUCCUUGGGCCCCCUGGGCAAGGCUGCCUACUCUGGCCUUCCCCUCCCAGCCCAGAGGUCAGCCUCUAGCCUCCAGGCCCUGCCCUUACCCUGGGAAUUGUGCUCCCAGGUUUCUGAUAGCCCAGGGGCCUCUGCACUCAGCCCCUGUCUCGGGGGCUCAGCUGGGCCUGGCUGCAGCGCUGUCCUAGACCUCUGCUCCCCUAAGCCCUUCCAAAUGAGGGGCUCUGAGCCUCUGUAACCAUGCCCCAGCCUGCCUUCUGUGCAUGAGGCUGGGAACCCGCCGAAAGUACAGAAGCAAAUGGUCUUUUAUAAAUUAUUUUUUUGAAAUAGA